AUGCCCAGAGGACCAGAGUUCACCAAGGAGGAAAUCCAGCUACCUUAUACCCAGGACCUACUAGAGGCCAGAGUAAUAGGAGAUUCAAAGGCCCCAAAGAUCCCCAUGUAUGAUGGAAUGACCGAUCUUUACGACCACCUGGAUAAUUUUCGUUAUGCCAUUGAAGGGUGCGACGCGAAUGAAGUGACCAAGUGCCGCAUGUUCCUAACAACGCUCAAAGGCCCCAUCACGAGCUGGUUUAAGCGGCUCGCUCCAAAAUCAAUCAAUUCUUUCGUCGAGCUCAGAAAAGUCUUCCUAGAACGAUACAUGAUCAUUUCAGAUUGGCUAUACACUGCAAACGACUUAUCGACAGUCAGACAGCUUUUUGACGAGAAGCUCAUGGAUUAUAUCACCCAAUUGAACAAUGAGUAG